AUGACAAUUAGGAAUGCAAAGGAUAUGCCCAGGCUGUGGAAGAAAACAAUGAGGGGAAAUAUGACCACGGAGAGCCCGCGAAACAUGUUGAUGAUAUUGAUGAGGAUAGACCGUCUACGUACACUGUUGAACCCAGAAUCGCCGACGAGACUUCGUUCAAGCGUCACUGUUCCGGAAGGAAAAUUAUGUAAUAUAAGGGAGGCCUCACCUCCCGCUUUGGAGCACCUUUCCAUGUUAUACGGCUCAGCAGCCACGCCUGCGGCCACCUGA